UUAUUCAGAGCAGCUGGGGAUCAACCGUUUAACCUGUCCACAGUGUCGAGUGCCUUCCCAAUGGUCAGCCACCCAGUCUUUGGUCUACACUCAGCCAGCUCAGGGCAUUCAGAAUUUGGUGGUUUGGGGACACUUGGUACACCCACAGCCUUAGCCGCACAUCCCCAACUAGCAUCUUUUCCAGGUGCAGAAUGGUGGCGAACAACAGACGUUCAUACUCGUACAGCAGCACCCUACUUUCCACCAUUACUGGGAAUUCCACCGCUGUUUGCUCCUCCAGCUCAGAAUCAUGAUUCUUCUUCAUUCCAUUCACGAACUUCAGGAAAAAGUCAUCGAAAUGGUCCUGAAAAAGGUGUAAAUGGGUCAGUUAAUGGAAACAGUACUUCAUCUGUAAUUGGUGUUAACUCAUCUGUACUGUCCACAACUGCUUCAAGUUCCAUGGGACAGACUAAAAAUACAAGCUCAGGUGGAGGAAAUCUAAAAUGUAAUCAGGAACAUAGCAAAAACCAGCCUUUGGAUGCUAGAACUGACAAAAUCAAAGAUAAGAAACCAAGGAAGAAAGCUGUGGAAAGUUCUAGCAACAGUGACAGUGAUUCAGGCACAUCAUCAGACACCUCAAGUGAAGGCAUUAGUAGUAGUGAUUCAGAUGAUCUAGAAGAGGAAGAGGAAGAUCAAAGUAUUGAAGAAAGUGAAGAGGAUGAUUCUGAUUCGGAGAAUGAAGCACAACAUAAAAGUAACAACCAGGUGCUAUUGCAUGGUAUUUCAGAUCCAAAAGCAGAUGGACAGAAAGCAACUGAAAAAGCCCAGGAAAAAAGAAUACACCAGCCAUUACCUCUUGUGUCUGAACCCCAGACUCAUUCAUCAUUCCAAUCCCAGCAGAAGCAGCCUCAGGUUUUGUCACAGCAGCUUCCAUUUAUUUUCCAAAGCUCUCAGGCAAAGGAGGAAUCUGUGAACAAACACACCAGUGUAAUACAGUCUACGGGAUUGGUGUCCAAUGUGAAACCUUUAUCUUUGGUAAAUCAAGCCAAAAAGGAAACCUACAGGAAACUCAUAGUUCCUUCUGCUGAUGUACUUAAAGCAGGGAAUAAAAAUACCUCUGAAGAAUCUAGUUCUUUGACCAGUGAAUUGCGAACUAAACGGGAACAAUAUAAACAGGCAUUCCCAUCACAGGUAAAGAAACAGGAAUCAUCUAAGAGCCUGAAGAAGGUUAUUGCAGCUUUGUCCAAUCCAAAAGCAACCUCUAGCUCACCAGCACAUCCAAAACAAACAUUAGAAAAUAACCAUCCUAAUCCAUUCUUGACAAACGCACUUUUAGGUAAUCACCAACCAAAUGGAGUUAUUCAAAGUGUCAUUCAAGAAGCUCCUCUAGCACUUACUACCAAAACUAAAAUACAGAGUAAGAUUAAUGAAAACAUUGCUACUGCAAGUAGCACCUCCUUUUCCUCACCUGUAAAUUUGAGUACAAGUGGGAGAAGAACCCCUGGCAGUCAGACACCUGUAAUGCCCUCUGCCUCGCCCAUACUUCAUUGUCAAGGGAAGGAUAAAGCAGUUAGCAAUAAUGCAAACAUUUUAAAAACACAACAAAACUCCCAUUCUGCAAAAUCUUUGGUAGAACAAUUUAGAGGAACAGAUUCAGACAUUCCCAGUAGUAAAGAUUCUGAAGAUUCAAAUGAGGAUGAAGAGGAAGAUGAUGAGGAAGAAGAUGAGGAAGAUGAUGAUGAAGAUGAAUCUGAUGACAGUCAAUCAGAAUCAGAUAGUAAUUCAGAAUCAGAUACAGAAGGAUCAGAAGAAGGAGAUGAUGAUGAGAAAGACCAAGAUGAAUCAGAUAGUGAUACGGAAGGAGAAAAAACAUCAAUGAAACUGAAUCAAACAACUUCCUCUGUCAAAAGCCCUUCCAUCAGUCUCACAGCUCACUCAACACCUCGUAACCUCCACAUAGGAAAAGCCCCAAGCUCUGCUCCUGCUGCCUUAUGUUCUGAAUCCCAGUCACCUGCUUUUCUUGGCACAUCUUCUUCCACACUUACUUCAAGUCCACAUUCUGGCACUUCCAAAAGAAGAAGAGUAACAGAUGAACGUGAACUACGUAUUCCUUUGGAAUAUGGCUGGCAGAGAGAGACAAGAGUAAGAAACUUUGGAGGGCGACUUCAAGGAGAAGUAGCAUAUUAUGCUCCAUGUGGAAAGAAACUUAGGCAGUACCCUGAAGUAAUAAAGUAUCUCAGCAGAAAUGGAAUAAUGGAUAUCUCAAGGGACAAUUUCAGCUUCAGUGCAAAAAUAAGAGUGGGUGACUUCUAUGAAGCCAGAGAUGGACCGCAGGGAAUGCAGUGGUGUCUUUUGAAAGAAGAGGAUGUCAUUCCUCGUAUCAGGGCAAUGGAAGGCCGCAGAGGAAGGCCACCAAAUCCAGAUAGACAGCGAGCAAGAGAGGAAUCCAGGAUGAAACGUCGCAAAGGUCGACCUCCAAAUGUUGGCAAUUCUGAAUUCCUGGAUAACACAGAUGCCAAAUUACUAAGAAAACUGCAAGCUCAAGAAAUAGCUAGGCAAGCGGCACAAAUAAAGCUUUUGAGAAAACUUCAAAAGCAAGAACAGGCUCGGGUUGCCAAAGAAGCUAAAAAACAACAAGCAAUAAUGGCUGCAGAGGAGAAACGAAAGCAAAAAGAACAGAUAAAGAUUAUGAAACAGCAGGAAAAAAUUAAGAGAAUACAGCAAAUCAGAAUGGAAAAAGAACUUCGAGCCCAGCAAAUUCUGGAGGCUAAAAAGAAAAAGAAGGAAGAAGCGGCAAAUGCCAAAUUAUUGGAGGCCGAGAAACGAAUAAAGGAAAAAGAAAUGAGAAGACAACAAGCUGUUCUUCUAAAGCAUCAGGAGUUGGAGAGGCAUAGACUAGAUAUGGAACGAGAGCGAAGACGACAACACAUGAUGCUAAUGAAAGCUAUGGAAGCUCGUAAAAAAGCAGAAGAAAAAGAACGGUUGAAACAAGAAAAACGUGAUGAGAAAAGAUUAAAUAAAGAACGUAAACUAGAGCAGCGAAGACUAGAGUUAGAAAUGGCAAAGGAACUAAAGAAGCCUAACGAAGACAUGUGCUUAGCAGACCAAAAGCCUUUGCCAGAGUUGCCUCGUAUUCCAGGACUUGUUCUCUCUGGAAGUACAUUUUCAGACUGUCUCAUGGUGGUGCAGUUCUUACGAAACUUUGGUAAAGUUUUGGGCUUUGAUGUGAAUAUUGAUGUUCCAAACCUCAGUGUUCUUCAAGAGGGAUUGCUAAAUAUAGGGGACAGCAUGGGUGAAGUACAAGACUUGCUUGUGAGGCUCCUCUCAGCUGCUGUAUGUGAUCCAGGUCUAAUUACGGGAUACAAGGCCAAAACAGCUCUUGGAGAACAUUUGCUGAAUGUUGGUGUGAAUCGGGACAAUGUAUCUGAGAUUUUGCAGAUCUUUAUGGAAGCCCACUGUGGACAAACUGAGCUUACAGAAAGCCUGAAGACCAAAGCUUUUCAGGCCCACACUCCAGCACAGAAAGCUUCAAUCCUGGCUUUCCUCAUCAAUGAACUGGCAUGCAGCAAAAGUGUGGUGAGUGAAAUUGACAAGAACAUUGAUUAUAUGUCAAACUUGAGGAGAGAUAAAUGGGUAGUCGAAGGUAAACUCCGCAAGCUUAGAAUCAUUCAUGCGAAGAAGACAGGCAAAAGAGACACUUCAGGUGGCGUUGAUCUUGGAGAAGAGCAACACCCCUUGGGCACACCUACUCCAGGACGCAAGCGAAGAAAGAAGGGAGGAGACAGUGAUUAUGACGAUGACGAGGAUGAUGACAGCGAUGACCAGGCUGAUGAGGAUGAUGAAGAUGAAGAAGAUAAAGAUGACAAAAAAGGAAAGAAGACUGAUAUCUGUGAAGAUGAGGAUGAAGGUGACCAAGCAGCAAGUGUUGAAGAACUAGAAAAACAAAUUGAAAAACUGAGUAAACAACAGAGUCAGUACAGAAGGAAGCUCUUCGAUGCUUCUCACUCAUUACGUUCAAUGAUGUUCGGACAGGAUCGCUACAGACGCCGAUACUGGAUUCUUCCCCAGUGUGGGGGGAUUUUUGUAGAAGGCAUGGAGAGUGGUGAAGGACUAGAAGAAAUUGCAAAGGAAAAAGAAAAACUUAAAAAGGUAGAAAGUAUCCAAAUUAAAGAAGAAAUGUUUGAGACUUCUGGGGACACUUUAAAUUGUUCAAAUACAGAUCACUGUGAGCAAAAGGAAGAUCUUAAAGAAAAAGAUAACACAAAUCUGUUUCUUCAGAAACCUGGCUCUUUUUCAAAAUUAAGCAAGCUUUUAGAAGUAGCUAAGAUGCCUCCUGACUCAGAUAUUAUGACCCCAAAACCAAAUGUUAGUGCAAAUGGGUGCACAUUGUCUUACCAGAACAGUGGGAAACCUUCAGUGGGCAGCAUUCCACCAGCAGCAACACAAAGCAACAUGGAAAAGACCGACUCUAAUUUGUUUAACACUGGCUCAAGUGGUACAGGGAAGUUCUACAGUCCUCUCCCCAAUGACCAGUUAUUAAAAACACUGACCGAAAAGAAUAGACAAUGGUUUAGCCUUUUGCCAAGAACACCUUGUGAUGACACUUCACUUACUCACGCUGAUUUGUCAGCUGAUUCUUUGGUAACUCCUCAGUCUCAGCCACCAUCUAAGUCACCUUCACCUGCCCCUGCUCCUCCUCUUGGGUCAUCUGCUCAGAAUCCUGUUGGCUUAAAUCCAUUUGCUUUAUCACCUCUACAGAUGAAAAGUGGAGUGUCUAUGAUGGGACUUCAGUUUUGUGGGUGGCCUGCUGGUGUGCUUACUUCCAAUAUUCCAUUUACACCACCUUUACCUAAUCUUGGAUCAGGGUUGGGAUUAUCAGAAGGAAACGGUAAUUCAUUCUUGACUUCCAAUGUUGCUUCAAGUAAAAGUGAAUCUCCAGUACCUCAAAAUGAAAAGUCCUCCUCAGCUCAACCACCAGCUGUUGAAGUAGCAAGACCAGUAGAUUUUCCUAGUCCAAAACCUAUUCCAGAAGAAAUGCAGUUUGGUUGGUGGAGAAUUAUUGACCCAGAGGAUCUAAAAACUUUGCUCAAAGUGCUACAUCUUAGAGGAAUAAGAGAAAAGGCAUUACAGAAACAGAUUCAGAAACACUUGGAUUAUAUUACUCAAGCCUGUAUCAAGAAUAAAGAUGUUGCUAUUAUUGAAUUAAAUGAAAAUGAAGAAAACCAGGUGACUCGAGAUAUUGUGGAAAACUGGUCAGUAGAAGAACAAGCAAUGGAAAUGGAUUUGAGUAUCCUCCAACAGGUAGAAGAUCUAGAAAGGAGAGUUGCAUCAGCAAGUUUGCAAGUGAAGGGUUGGAUGUGUCCAGAGCCCGCAUCAGAAAGGGAGGACUUGGUAUAUUUUGAACAUAAGUCAUUUACUAAGUUGUGCAAGGAGCAUGAUGGAGAACUUGCUGGCGAAGAAGAACACAGUGCACAUGCACUAGAGCGGAAGAGUGACAACCCCCUAGAUAUAGCUGUAACCAGGCUGGCUGAUUUGGAGCGGAACAUUGAGAGAAGGUAUCUGAAGAGCCCCUUAAGUACCACCAUUCAGAUCAAACUGGAUAAUGUGGGCACAGUUACUGUCCCUGCUCCUGCACCAUCCGUUAGUGGUGAUGGUGACGGAAUUGAAGAGGAUAUUGCUCCAGGGCUCAGGGUAUGGAGAAGGGCAUUAACAGAAGCUCGCAGUGCUGCACAGGUAGCUCUGUGCAUUCAGCAAUUACAGAAAUCAAUAGCAUGGGAAAAAUCAAUUAUGAAAGUUUACUGCCAAAUCUGUCGAAAAGGAGACAAUGAAGAGCUGCUUCUCCUUUGUGAUGGCUGUGACAAAGGCUGUCAUACCUACUGCCACAGACCCAAGAUUACAACCAUACCAGAUGGCGACUGGUUUUGUCCAGCUUGCAUUGCUAAGGCAAGUGGUCAAACUAUAAAAAUCAAAAAACUUCAUAUCAAAGGAAAGAAGACUAACGAGUCAAAAAAAUGCAAGAAAGUAUCUUUAACAGGAGACACUGAAGAUGAAGACUCUGCGUCAACAAGUAGUUCACUAAAAAGAGGAAACAAAGACCUCAAGAAAAGGAAAAUGGAGGAAAACACCUCUGUUAACUUAUCAAAACAAGAAAGUUGUACUUCUGUUAAAAAACCUAAAAGAGAUGACUCCAAGGAUCUAGCACUUUGCAGUUGUCUUAAUCUCUUUCUUUCUAGUUUUCCUUUUUUGUUUUAUGACUUCUUUGUUUACAAAGCAAAACCAAUGAAUCCAAUCUCUAAUUAUGUGUUUUCUUUCAGGUAUCCAAACCUUGAAACCUUUGCGCUAGAUGUCAGGCUUGUUUUUGACAACUGUGAAACAUUUAAUGAAGAUGAUUCUGACAUAGGCAGAGCUGGUCACAGUAUGAGAAAAUAUUUUGAAAAAAAGUGGACGGACACUUUCAAAGUGAGCUGAAGUUAAAAUCUCUCCCUUUUUCUUUCCUUUCUAAACAAGGAGAAAUGAGACCAGCAAUGUGAACUGUAUUUACACAGAUGUGCAAGGCACAUACAUAAUGACUUUUUUCCUUAAAAUUAGUAUAAAAAAAGCAUCAGAAGAACACCAUUUUUAAAGGCUCCACUCCUACAGCAACCAAAACCGCUGGUUAUUGGUUUGUGUAAUUUAUCAACUAAUUUAGGUAGAACAGGGAAGCACACCCAAAGAAUUUUCAAAGGAAAGGGUGUUAUAGUGCAAUAGUAAUUAAAGUAUAUCAAAUCGCACUGAAUAUCCAACACCAGAGCUCUAAUGUGGGAAAUGGUUCUCCUUUUCCCUCUCAAUAAAUAUCUAUUUUUCAUUUUUUUACUUUGUAGUUUAUUUUUUAGUGAAUGUAUUUAAUUUUAUGAAUUAUUUAUGAUUAAACCACAUCCAGAAUCUUCGUUUUCUGUGAAAAGGAAGAACUAGAAAAUUGCUUUAAAUC